AUGGCCCACCAUCGCACGCAGCUCGCCGCCAGCACUUCCCGCCGCCGUUCUCUUUCAGACCCGCUCGCCGCCGCCCUGCUGCCACCCCCGAAUGAGACCCCCGACCAACGCGAGCACAGGCUAUUAGCCGAGGCCGAAGCCAAGAAACGGAGUGAUAACAUUGAUCGCAUGAUUCGUGAGGGUGAAAAGGAACGGCGAAGGAAGAAGGUCAUCAAAGUCCUCUUGCUCGGCCAGAGCGAGAGUGGCAAGAGCACGACUUUGAAGCGUGAGUUUCCCUGCUCCAUUUGUAUGCAUCGCUUGGAUGCGGUAGUAGAGUUUCGGCCAACCUCGCGACGGUGUCUAUUGCUCCUUUUGCUCGGGAUGUUUCUUCGGACGGAUGAAGUGGUACACAUCAUGUUGUCCAAUUUAAUCCUGGAGGCUAUCGCGCCCGAGACAGAAGCGCACAGCGGUCUCGACGAAAUCGACGAUCUCGAUUCUAGCGAAGCUCCCACCAUCAUUAUUGGGCGGCCCUCGUCAUCGACCACUACUAACGGGCUGCCCGGGUACGAGAAUUACCGCAGGUCCCUCGCGCCGCUCAUGGAGCUCGAGCAGCGCCUCAUCCAGCAACUCUCCGACCCCGAAGACAAUGCCGAACACGAGGCCACUCAUCUCCCUCUGUAUCCUACUUACAGCACACACUCUCUGCCCGCUGCGCACGUAGGCACGAGCUCGAGCGCGCCCAGCCGCCCCGCCCCGCGGAUCACGAUCCCGUUGGGCGCGAACUCAUCGCCGGCGUCACCCGUGACACUUUCACCGGGGAGUGAGCUCACGGUUCGUAACGGGUCAAACUGGAAGAAGACGUUAGGGCUCGCGAAGACGCCGAGCCCGAAGAGUGUGCACUCGGGCGAGCUGCCCGGCUGGUGGGAGGACCCACACGACCCAGUGCACCUCAUCAACCGUUGUGCGCCGGCGAUGACGGAGCUCUGGCGGGACACGCGCGUGCAGCAGCGGCUGGCGGAGCGGCGACUGCGCCUCGAGGAGAGCAGCGGGUUCUAUCUCGAGGACAUUGACCGCGUCACGGCGAAGAUGUACUUCCCAACGGACGAGGAUGUGCUGAAGGCACGGUUGAAGACAACUGGUGUUGUCGAGCAUACAUUCAGCCUCCCGAGGAACGCCGAGUACCGUGGCGUCGAGUGGAAAAUUUAUGACGUGGGCGGCGCAAAACCGCAACGACAGGCUUGGGCACCGUAUUUCGACGACGGUGAGCUUUUUAAGAAGAAUCCGUUGGGUUCUAACUGCGAAGUGGACUCAAUUGCCUAUGAUCAACACGCUGAUACGUUUUUGGUAGUGGAUGCGAUAAUUUUUCUUGCCCCCAUCAGUGCUUUUGAUCAGGUCUUGGCGGAGGACCCAAGAGUCAACCGGCUGGAAGACACGAUUUAUCUAUGGCAAUCAGUCACCUCAAAUAAACUUCUGGCGAAUGUCAACAUAAUCUUAUUUUUGAACAAAUGUGAUUUAUUGAAGCGGAAGCUGCAGGCCGGCGUACGACUUAGCCAUUAUAUGACAUCGUAUGAGGAGCGUUCAAACGAUUACGACGCUAUCGUAAACUAUUUUCGUCGAAAGUUUGGCGUAAUGCACAACUUGUAUUCGCCUAACAAAUCUAGGGAGUGCUUCAUCCACUUCACAUCGGUGACAGAUACCCGGCGCACGCAUGUGAUCAUCAGCAACGGUAUGUUUCUGCGCCCCACCGCUCUAGAAAUCGGCUUACGACGGCAUUCUGUGCAAGUGCGCGGUAUUGAGUCCGCGCCAUCUCCGCGAGAGACUUUGCAAGUUCUUGAGCUGUAUCGUCGUGUAAUCGGUGUCUUGUUUUGA